UUUUAGUAGAUAGUUCAAUGACUAGGUGAUAGCCUAUAAAAGUCAGGCGCCAUCCAUGUCAACGUAAUAAUUAUUCGUUACUAUGGCGGGGUUGAAUGUUCUUGUGAUUUUAAUGAUAGUGGCAACGAGUACCGCCAAUCUUGUAUUCCAUGAUGAGGUGGAAGACUUGUUCAAAAAGUUCGUGACUCAGCGGUUGACUGAGGAAGAAACCAGGAAGAUGAACGAUGUGUUUGAAAUCCUGCGUAUGCCUGAAUAUGUGACUGCGAGGACGCUUGAGAACACAGGAAAUGCUAGAAUGACCCUGGACUGCCUAGUCUGCCGGUCUGCUUUCGCGGCUCUGUUCUCGGGCGUGGAGGAGGGUCAGAGCGAAGAGGAACUGUCUGAGUCCAUCACGGUUCUCUGUACGUCCAUAGGCAUCGAGAGCCACGAUGUGUGUAAAGGCGCAGUCGGAUUAAAUAUGCCAAUUCUAACAUAUAUAAUAAAGAAUACCCCCGAAGCUACGCCGAGGACAUUUUGUGGUCUGAUCCUGCAAGCGGCGAGCGACCCUAACGUCUGCGUCUACACCGACCCGAGGUUCGAAUGGCAGGUGGAUCUGCCUGAUCCUGUCACUGUCGACGCGACUCCAGCCACGGACACCACGCCUCUCACCGUGGCCCUUAUCACUGAUGCCCACCUCGAUCCUCUGUACGAGCCCUACGGCGCCGCGUACUGCGGCCAGCCCACCUGCUGCCGCAAGGGCCAGACCACCUCCCAAGCCUUCGAGUACCAUUCCAGCUUGGACACUUCGAUAUACGAACAAACGUUCAUCAGAAAAGACGAUAACAUUGUUUUGGAUUUGAGUGUGUCUCAGAAAAUACGAGAAACACGAAGUUUAACCCAAACGAGGUUCCUGCCCGGAAGAAACCAUCCCCCCGCCGGUUACUGGGGAGACUAUAGGAACUGCGAUACGCCGAUUUGGGCCUACGAUGACGUCGUCGACAGGAUUGCUGAAACACACCAGAAUGUCGACGUAGUGUACUACAUAGGUGACACCAUCGACCACUUCGUCUGGGAGACCACGUACGAGGCUAUAAACGAAAUGAACAAACACGUCGUCGACAAGAUCAGAAGCAGCUUCGGCGACCACGUGCUGGUCGUGUCUACUGUUGGCAACCACGAGUCACAACCGACUAACCAGUUUGCCCCGUCACGCGUGACGGGCGACAAAAUCAACACGACCUGGCUGUACGAGGCUCUAGCCGACAAAUGGGACUUCUACUUGCCUGAGGGCGCCAAAGACACGUUGUUAGAACGCGGCGAGUACUCCGUGCUUGUCAGGCCGGGGCUGAGGGCCAUCUCACUCAAUAACAACGUGGCUUAUAAGUAUAAUUGGUGGCUAGUUUAUGACCCUCUCGAUGCGAAAAAACACUUGGAUUGGCUGGUGGACGAACUUCACAAGGCAGAGCUGGCCGGCGAGAAAGUGCACAUAUUGACGCAUAUCCCGCCUGGAGUGUCCGACCUCACGCACACAUGGACUAGAGAAUACAACAGGAUUGUUAACAGGUUCGCCUCAACAAUAACCGGUGAAUUCAAUGGCCACACGCACACGGACGAGUUCAAGAUAUUCUACAACCCGGAGGGGCAGGCCGUGAGCGUGGCGUGGGGCGCCGGCGGCGCCACCACCUACUCCAAUUAUAACCUCAAUUAUAAAAUAGCGACGUUCGAUCCUGUCACAUAUGAACCAACCAACAUCGUGAACUACGUCUACAACCUAACCGAAGCGAACUUAACGCCAAACCGACGACCUCAUUGGUUCCUGCUCUACGACCUGAAGCAACGGUUCCAACUUACCGACCUAUCACCCGCAUCCAUGGACAACCUCGUCACAAGGAUGGUCACAGACAACAAACAGCUCCUUGACUUAUACGCGGCCUUCUUUUCUAAGCUCAGCGACAAUAGUUGGCCGUGGUGCAAUACGAUUUGCAAACUGGACUAUCUGUGUAGAACGGUUAUCACAGUUUUGUGGGAAAGGCAAAAAUGCGAUGAGCUGCGGGCGCUGUACUACGUUUGACAAAUUAAAUAGUUUUUAAUAACAA